AUGAAGUUCACCAGCUCCGUCCUCGUCUCCAUGCUCUCCAUGGCCCUCAUGGUGGCUGGUUCCCCCACUCCUGACAAUAACAACGCCAUCGACGAUGGUGCUGCCGAUAUCAUCGAUGUUCCGGAGUCUCGUGAUAUCACCGAGGCUGUCCGAGUUGACCUCGAGGCCCGUGGUCAGGGCUGCCCCUUCGGUAACCAAUGCAAUCUCCACGUGAGUCCUUCAACUAUUCGAAAGAUCCACGAGUACAAUUCGCUAACCUUGUUUUUACUUCUAAACGUUCACCGUACCUGCAAUGGCAAGCUUCAGUACCCCUACAAGGGCAAGUGCGGAGGCUUUGCCAACCUUGCUACUACCACAAGUGCACCACCACAUAAGCCUAGGACGGCGUUUAGCUACUCUAGUGGGAUUUUGGCAACGACUCCAACACUGCCAAGUACAACGCAGGCUCGAGCGAUGUACAGAGCCUCUAUGGAAACACGAAACGAGUUGAAGUGGCAUGGCCACUUACCGGAAGAGUCCCUCAUUUUUCUUUAUGUUUUGCUCUGGGUACCUUAG